AUGACAGCCUUAAGAUCCGCACACAGGCCAUCUAGCCUUCGCUCCACCGCCAACUCGGAAGCAGGAUCUAUUGAGCCCAUUCAAGAAGAAGUUGUCUCGAACGAUGGCCAGAUCUCGGCUGCCGCUACGCCUGAUACAGAAACCUCGGCUCUGCUUCCUUCGCAUCGACAUCGCACCCAACUCCUUGCUCCGCCCUCGUCGCACAAAUCUCGUUCCAGAACCAUCUGGAAUUCGAUCCUCGUCCUACUAGCCAUCUUCACCUUCGCCGUCACCAUAUCCAUCGUUCUCAAAAAUCUGUUGGGGGAAUUCAACGAUCCCGAAGAUCCGUCUUUGCCCAUCGACCCGCCAGGCACCGAUCCACGCGGUCGGCGCCACCCAGCCGUCCUCGCGACAGGUCGUAAGGCCGGCGUAGCUACCGAAAAUGAGAUCUGCAGCAGGAUCGGCAUGGAUAUUUUGCUCGCAAAGGGCACAGCUGUGGAUGCAGCGGUAGCGUCAACAUUCUGUGUCGGAGUUCUCAAUAUGUUCAGCUCGGGGAUCGGUGGGGGUGGAUUUAUGAUCGUUCGCGACCCCUCUGCUUGUUCUGCGAAAGGUGCAAAGCAGCCGGAUUGCAUAGAGCAUACAACCAUCGAUUUCAGGGAGACUGCUCCUGCAGCAGCCAACAAGACCAUGUAUGUUGGACGCGUGCCCAAAGCUCAAUUCGGUGGGCUGGCUGUAGGUGUACCCGGAGAACUGCGAGGGCUGCAAGAGGCGCACAAGAGAUAUGGUAGACUGGCGUGGAAGAGGCUGGUUCAGCCGUCCGUCGAGUUGGCCAAGUCGGCUACUGUGAGCAAGGAGCUGGAGAGACGCCUAUCGUUCUUUGGUGGCUUCAUCUACGAUGAACCUGUCUGGAGAGAGAUUUUUGUUGACGACAACACGGGUCAACUCAAGAGGGAAGGCGACACUUUUCAUCGUCCUGCCUACGCUCAAACAUUGCAAAGCAUCGCAGACCAUGGUCCGGACGUCUUCUACAGCGGAGCUAUCGCUGAAUCUCUGGUCCGAACAACCCAAGCUCACGGCGGCAUUCUAACACUCCAAGAUCUGCACGAUUACAAGGUGAUCGUUCGACCCGCUCUCCAAGGCUCUUGGCUUGGCAAGAAAGUCUACACCACCCAUGCACCCACCUCUGGGCCCAUCCUUUUGUCUAUACUCAACAUGCUCUCGCUCAUCCCCGAUUUCACUUCGAUCGGUCAAGUGACGUCUCUCAACAUGCAUCGAUUCAUCGAAGCGCUCAAGUUUGGGUUUGGCCAGCGAACCGAACUGGCCGACCCAGCGUUCAUGUCUAGCGCCGGUCUGGAACGCAUGUCACAGAUCCCAACUAUGUCGGAAGCUCUUGCAAUCGUGCCCAACAUUACAGAUGAUCGAACCCAUCCGCUCGACUACUACCAUCCCAAAUUCGACAUUAUCGACGAUCACGGAACCAUGCAUCUAUCCAUCGUCGAUCAGCACGGGAUGGCGAUCGCACUCACCUCGACCGUCAACCUCAUCUUUGGUUCUCGAGUCAUGGAUCGCUCGACAGGUGUCAUCCUGAACGAUGAAAUGGACGAUACUUCAACGCCCGGUGUCCCCAACGCAUUCGGCCUUGCGCCUUCCCCUUACAACUAUCCAGAAGCACACAAACGUCCCCUUUCAUCCACGUGUCCUACCAUCAUCGAAUCCGCCUCCGGCCAAGUCGAAUUGGUAUUGGGUGGCAGUGGAGGAAGUCGCAUCUUCAGCUCAGUGUUGCAAACCAUCUUCAACUUCUACCUGUGGGGAAUGGAUCUGAGUCAAUCCAUCGAGGCGCCUAGAUUGCAUCAUCAGCUGCUGCCGACUCAGUUGAGCGUCGAGACCGGGUACAGCGAAAAGGUGCUCAGUGGGCUAUUGGGUAGGGGACAUGAAGUGAGCUGGAUCGACAUCGAUUUGGGGAUUGCCGAAGUGCAGGCGGUGGCGGUGCAAGCCGAGGGCAAGAGGUGGAAGCGCGUUUGGGCUGCGAGUGAUUCCAGAAAGGGCGGGGUAGCGGUGGCUGUGUGA